AUGUUGUAUCAGAUGCGCAUUCACACCAACUUUGAGGGGGACUGCAAGGAGAAGAGGGUGGGAGUAUACAGAGUGCUGGAUAAGGAAUGGCUGCCUCCUGGAAAUCCAAAGGAUCGGUAUUCAAUAGUUCAGGGAGAGCAGUUCUACCUUGCUCUUGGUCCCUUCCGACAGCUUUACCAGGAUGAUCCAGCGGUAGAGAAUUUUUAUGACCAAUUACAUGCCCAUCUCCUUGCCCACAUCCUCAAGACCAACAACUCUGAAGAUUUCACUGUUGAAGACCUCUCGUUGAUUCAUUUUGUGAAGGACAAGAUCUAUACUCACAAAUGUUUCUGCCUCCACUAUAACACCUACAACAUGCACUGCAAAUCAUACACCAUCAGCAAUCAAUUACAUCCUGAUGUCAUGCUUCUAGCAGAUGACGCAACCGCUGAGGAAGAGGAACACCCUUACUGCUAUGCAAGGGUUGUCAGAAUGUUCCAUGCAAAUGUCGUCCAUUGGCGUCAAGAUAUGGCUUAUGAGGAUUCAGCGCUACGUUGUAUGGAUUUCCUCUGGGUUCGGUGGUAUGAACUGGACACAUCCUCUGCACAUGGCUGGCAGGCCAAACAUUUCCCCAAAGUCCACUUCCUACCCUCAUCCAAAUACAAUGCCUUAGGUUUUGUUGACCCAUCCACUGUAUUGCGAGGAGCGUACAUGCAGCCAUUGUUUGCUGGGGGAUCAACAUUGGAUCUUCUCGCUCCAACGUCCACUGCAAGAGUUUACGAGGGUGUCGUGAAUGGGAAAUUUCUGGACUGUGACAUGUUCAUGGGAUACUGCAGAGGCAGCGUAGAACACUCCACCCGCAACUUCACCCGCAGCCUCAAGGUGGAAGCUACAUUCAAAGACCCUCCGCUACCAGUAUACGAUCACAACACCGGGACUGUCAUGGUUCACUCCUUGUCUCCAAUAGACGAGGUACCAGAGGAGAUAGAAGAAGAGGAGGAGGAAGAGGAGGAGGAAGAGCUAGAGGAGGAGGGGGACGACAACAGCAAAUUGUGGUCACAGACAGAGUCUGAUUCCUCAGAGGAGUUAUCUGACGAUGGCUACACCUCGCAGGAUGACAACCUCGACAAACUCGAGGACCUUUGA